AUGGGUUUGCUGGAAGUAUUCCGUUCCAAAGUCGCGUACAUCAUCUCAGUCGGUGCAUUCGUGCCAGCCUACUACUACCUGUCUUCUGACCGAUUCAAGCUCAAGAAUGAUUACCAACAAGAAUUCGUCACGCAACAAUUCGGCACUCAGAAUUUGUCGUUUGCCGAAUCCGCAAUGGUUAAAAACGUUAAUAUUGCUCACUCGAUGGCGCAUCAAGAAGUAGAAGAACUGAAAAAAGCGAGACACAAUACUUAUCGUUUCUCGCAUUUGUAUGGCCGCUCUUACGAAACUGUAGAAAGUAACGAAGAUAGGAAGGAUAUUCCUCUGUCAGUGCCGAUGCAAGAAAAGGUUGAUGGUCGUAUCAUGAGAUCGAGGCAACGCGCGAUGGAACGUCUUCGAGCAGGAGAAGAUCAAAAAGCUUAA